AUGACGUUGAGCAACCCGCCAAAAAAUCGCCACAGGGUUAUUGCUGCGUGUAUAUGGGGGUUCUGCGGGGGUCUCAGUGACGGCGCGCCGGGGGCGCUUCUUCCGACGAUUGAAGCAUACUACGACAUUUCCUAUGCGAUUGUAUCUAUGAUAUGGAUGGCUUCUGCGGUUGGGUUUGUGAUUGUGGCUGCUUUUGCCUCGCAGCUUGACAAGUACUUGGGAAAAACCAAGCUGCUUCUCUUCGGAGUCUUGUGUCAGGUGGUGAUGUACGCGAUGGUCAGCCCUGGGGGACCGUUUGAGCUCACUGUGAUGGGCUUCUUUUUCGUGGGUACCGGGCUCGCGGUCUGUCUCGCCCAGGUCAACAUCUUCCUCAGUCGUAUGGACAACGCCGCCACUUACUUGAGCUACCUCCAUGGGGGUUACGGCGCCGGUGCCACUGUAGCGCCGCUCAUUUCGAAAUCCAUGGUGAAUGCCGGAAUCAAGUGGAGCUAUUAUUAUCUCAUUCUUCUCGGCUUGGCGAUCUUUAACCUUGCCAAUUUCUGGCUCGCUUUUCUGGGUGCUGACGAAGAUCUCAAACCCUGGGACCACCACGAUGGGGAAAAGACCGAAGAGAUCGCCUUGACAAGCGGUGGGCCUUCCAGACAAUUAUCGGUGGCCGCUGGGGUGGACCGUUCCACGAAUGAGCUUCGAAUGAGCCGACUUUCCGCUGAAAAUCUUGAGCCAGUGGUGAAAAAGGAGUCGCUUAUGGCGCUCGCGAUAAAGGACAUUCCAACCUGGUUAAUCGCCUUGUUUGUGCUCUUCUACCAGGGUGGAGAAGUUGCGAUGGGAGGCUGGGUUACUACUUUCUUGCUUGAACUGCGAAGCGGGAACCCCGAAACCAUCGAAUACGUUGCCUCUGGUUUCUGGGCGGGCUUAACCGUUGGAAGGUUGACCCUUACGCACCCGUUUGCCAAGUACCUUGGGGGGCGCAGAAGUGUCAUCAUCUUCUUGGUCGGGUCGAUCGGGUUUGCCCUUUUGACCUGGUUAGUGCCUAAUGUCAUUGCCGCGAGCUUGUUUGUGUCUCUUUGCGGGGUGGCCAUAGGGCCCGUGUAUCCGCUCAUGAUUACCGUCGCCACCAGACACCUACCGCGGAAGAUCCAGAUCGUGUCGUUGACAAUUGCUACGGCGUUUGGCUCCUCCGGUGGGGCGAUUUUUCCCUUCCUCGUGGGAUUGAUUUCUCAGUUCGUGGGUACGUAUGUUGUGUUGCCCAUGUUUAUCGGUUUGUUCACCGCUUGUUUGGGCUGCUGGCUCUUACUACCAAACAUCGACAGAAAUGUAAAGUCGGCGUGGUGGCACUACAUCUGGUAG